CUCAGCCUGUAGUUCUUUGACCAUGUUGUGUGUAAUAUUCCAGGUGACUGAAGAUGAAAAAGUUUCCACAGUGAAAGAGCUCGUCUCGGAACGUCUCAACAUCCCAGCCAAUCAGCAGCGGUUGCUUUAUAAAGGCAAAGCGCUUGCAGAUGAACACAAACUAAGUGACUACUCCAUUGGGCCAGAAGCCAAAUUAAACCUGGUCAUCCGUCCAGCGGGCGAAAGGACCGGGGCUUCAGGGACGACGGCCACGUGCAGCAGCAACGGCAGCAUAACACAAGCGGGAGUGUGGCAGACUGUGUCCACUAUCCUCGCAAAACACUUCAGUCCCGCAGAUGCUGCCAAAGUCCAUGAACAGCUGAUUAAGGUACUGUAUCUGUUAAGUUUAGGACAUGGGAAUUUAACAGCAGUUCAAUCGGCUUACAUAUAUAAAACCAAACGUCUGUGUCGUAUGACAAAAAAUAGGCUGCACUUUUGUAAAAAUAUGUAGAGUAAAACUGUCUAAGUCAAGGUACCACUGUAUUUGGAUACAGAACAAAAGUCCAACAAAAAAAGUGUUUGUCUCCUUAUUAUACGAUCCAAUACAUCUUUGCUUAUAUCGCACUUUCACAACAGCUGCAGCUU